AUGGGGCUGUUUGAUCGCGGUGUGCAGAUGCUGCUGACCACGGUGGGGGCUUUUGCAGCCUUCAGUCUAAUGACCAUUGCUGUAGGGACAGACUAUUGGCUUUACUCCAGAGGGGUUUGCAAAAGCAAGACGGUCAGUGAAAAUGAAACCAGCAAAAAGAACGAAGAAGUGAUGACACACUCGGGAUUAUGGAGAACCUGCUGCCUCGAAGGAAAUUUUAAAGGUUUAUGUAAACAGAUCGACCACUUCCCAGAAGAUACUGAUUACGAAGCAGAUGCUGCUGAAUACUUCUUACGUGCUGUGCGAGCAUCCAGUAUCUUCCCUAUUCUCAGCGUCAUCCUGCUCUUUAUGGGGGGGCUCUGCAUCGCGGCGAGUGAGUUCUACAAAACUCGGCACAACAUCAUUCUCAGUGCGGGCAUUUUCUUCGUCUCUGCAGGUGACAUGAUGGGAUUCAAUCUCAUGUUCAGGCUUCUCCAGUACACCCCCAGAAACAGAACUGCUUCAUCAGCAAAGCCCAGCUCUGGGUUAAAAACGUGGGCCUUGCAAGUAAAGCCACAGUUAAUUACCCCCUUUACCAUUCACACCAUCGUAGUAACGAUGGUGCUGGUGGUGAAGGUCACAGGUUUGAGCCACAGAAUGAUCCCAUUGAACAAAUGUGUCAUUGCGGCUGGCUUCAGUAACUCAUUGAUGUCGGAGAAACUGAUGACAGAUGUUGCCGGGAUGGGGGAGUUGAAAGUCGGAAAGAAACGAAAUAGAGCCAGUCCUGUCCCAAACCGUGAACUAAACAAAUAA